GAAUCGUUGCCUUCAGCACGGAAAGCUUCCCUGUUAAGGACUUGUCUCUUCCUGAGAUUUCCUAGUGUCCUUAAAGGAUCAAGAUUGAGUCUGGGCACACGGUGUGUGCUAAGAAGAGAAUAAUUUAUUGACUUUUGAAGCCUCAUAGAUCAUGAAUCAUAGAGGCACUGAUUUUAGGCCUUGAUGAAUACUAGCUGCGAGUUGGUCCAGUUCUCAGUGAACAGCCAUGGGCCCAAAGAAAAAUUUCAAGUUUCAAGAGAUCAGUGGAUCAAAGACUGUGGGAAAUGUCUCUAUUAAGUUUGAGAAACAACUAGGUCCGGAUGAUGAAGAGAUGUAUGAUACAACUGCACAAUCGAAAUUUGUCCUGAAGAACCUCAGACACUACACAGUGCAUCCAAACAUGGCCAAAUACUAUGAGCCUUUGAAGCCCACUAAACUGCAGAGAUUCCUGACUCAAAAGAAGAAAAUGAAUAGUUUCAUGUUAAAGGUGACAGAGUAUGAUCAGGAUAUGACGUUGCUGCUCAUGACUAACAACCCACCGCCCUGCUCCAUCAGUCCGGAAAAGGAUGGUGCUCCAAUAUACUUCCCCCCGGGGUUUCAGUUAAAGGAAACUCUCUAUCGGUGCAAACCCAACAAGAAUGACUUCCUUCCCACAAUGUCUCAGAAAAAGAAGUUAAAACCAGAGCUGAAGCCCGUCUUCCCUAUGAAACGGAUAGAUGAUCCUACCCCCAGGAGACAACAACAAUGGUUUAGGUUUUCUACUGACAGUGAUUUCAACAUUGAGGGGAAGUAUUCUGAAAUCCAUGCUUUAAGGAAACAGAAAAAAAUGUAUCCUAACCUCAUCUUUGCCCCAGCCUGCCAGAGAGAGACAAAGAAACAUGUUUCCAUGAAGUUAGAGAGUGGAACACCAACUUCGCAAGUGCUUUGGGAACCCCUGACAUUUUCAAAGCUCCUAGAAGAGAAGCCUACAAGAAGUGUGCCAGGGGAGAGCUUCUUUCGCCAUGGAAGGGCCCAGCAGUGGAUUGUCAAAGAUGCGGCUGUCAUUUGGUGAAGGCAAAUCCUUAAAGCCCCACUCCUCACUCUCCAAGAACUGAGGGGGCCUGGAGAAGUCACCAACCAAAUAAAAGUUCCCUGUUUGUUGCCUC